UGCGUCUCCGUUUUUGUGGACUUUGAAUUUUGGAUUUCAUGAGUUGGUGAUCGUCUUCACUUAUCCAAUUGAAGAAUGAUACUGUUUUUGAGCCUUCUCCUUGCUGGGUUUCUUCUUGGGGUACUGGCAAUUCUGGCUCUGGAAGCUGCUGGGGUGCUGUACGUCUUAAAUCGUUUGACUCAGAAGACCAAACAAGUAUCCUUAUCUCAAGGGUCUGAGAAAGUAGGGUGCAGGGACGUUGAUCCCCAACAGUCUCUCGAUUUCACCCUCAACAAGCAGGGGAUUGUUUGGAUUCUAGAACCAGACAAAGUUCCAAAAAAUUGGCCAGCAGAAAAAGUCCCUAGAGAGCAAAAGAGAAAAAGAGAUCUCUUUGAGGUCUCUCCAGUGCAGAAAUAUGCCAAAGUCAAGGAUCAGAAACUAAUCUUGAAAGAUCUUGAUGGAACGAAAACAACAACCAUUCAGCUGAAAGGCUGUGUAAUUGAGUCUGUUUCUGCGUCAAACUUAUCGUCAAGAAAAUGGGCCAAGAGAUUUCCCAUAAAAGUGGAGAGCAAGGCUUCACCGAUAUACAGUGGAAGUAAAAUCUUACAUCUUUAUAUUGAGACUUCAUGGGAGAAGGAAUCAUGGUGUAAAGCUCUUCGUCUUGCUUCAUGUGAAGACAAAGAAAAGCUUCACUGGUUCAUGAAGUUGAAUGAAGAGUUCCACAGUUAUCUGGCGUCUUUAAAUGCUGGAUAUCCUUCAUUUAUGAAGCCCUCCCUUGGAUUUAGUCCUGAGCAAAUAGAUAAGGGAAACAGGUUUGAUGGAUCUCCAUCAAAGGUUCGGUUCUUUUGGAAAAGGCUUUCCAGAAAGUCUUCUGCAAAGUCUUCUGUAGAAAGUAAAGGUACUUGGACAAAUCCAUCCAUCUGUGAAGAGAGGAAAACUUCUGAGAAACUGCAUUCAUCUCAAGAUUCAGUGAUGAACAGCGUGUCUAAUAGUUCUGCAGAAGAAAAUACAAUAUUUCCAUCUACAUCAAGCUGUUCUCAUACAGGAAGUCAAAAUUAUACAUUUGUUGCUUCUGAUGCAGAGUCUGAGGACAGGUUUAGCCUUGACGAAGGAACACUCUGCUGCAAUUUGUUAAUUUCUCGGCUAUUCUUUGAUGCCAAGAGCAAUACAGGAUUGAAAACUGCAAUUCAAGCUCGGGUUCAGAGGACAUUGUCCAAUACGAGGACACCUACAUACAUUGGUGAUGUCAUCUGUACUGGCAUAGAUGUAGGAAAUCUUCCACCUUAUAUCCAUGGAAUGAAACUUCUUCCUAUCCACACGAAUGAGGUAUGGGCUUUUGAAGUAGAUAUUGAAUAUUCUGGUGGGGCUAUAUUAGAUGUUGAAACAAGACUUGAAGUCCUUGAACCAGAUCUUCAAAAGGGUAUGGUAGACAAAAAAUCAGAACAGAAUUCAGCUGGAAAUCUAUCUCCAGAACUACUUGAAGGCUUUGAGCAUUUAGGAAAGCAUUUGAAUCUUUCUGAAGGGACUCUUGAUGUGCAUGAGCAAACAAAUGGAGUGGAGCAUAAAGUUGGUUAGUAUAAAAACCUUAUAAUUUUAGUGUGGUUGGCAAUUGUUCUUGUUUCUGGUGCGGCUCUUCUAUCGUUCACCAUUCUUAUCGUUACUUUCAAUUCUGUUUUUGCCUUUUUAUCUUUUUAUCUUUUUUUUUUUUCUUGUCAUUAUCAUAUCUUUUGCAGUAGUGUUAGUGUAUAAUGUCGUGGAUUGUUGAGAUUAGACACAUUCUUAUCUUC